AUGGUGGAUUCAUAUUGUGUCAUUUUGACAUCUGCAGCUAUUGCUGCAUUCACAGCGGCCUAUUUUAUGCAGCCAGCAAAUGCAGCAUCGCUCAAUGCUAUUGAAACGCCUACACAGAUAGAUAUAACGACUGCUUCUUCAGAUUCAACUUUGAACGUUGAAGAACAUAAAGAAGACGAAUAUGCAAGUCAUCAUGAUCAGGGAAACCAUCAUGAUAUCCAACCCGGUUGA